CAUCAAUGCUUAGUCAUCCUUCGUUUUACAAUCAUAGAUAGUUACAAAGCACAAUGCCUCUUGAAUGAAAUUAACAAAGGAGAAGCCGGUUUAUCACUUUGGGAAGCUGAGUGAUCGAGCAGUGUGAACACAGUUGAUGGGGAUGGAAAAUGACAUUCCAUAAACAAAAAUUUUUAGGAAAGUGAAUCAAGGACAAAGGAAAUUCCUUUUCCAUCCUAGCUAUAUGAUUCUUAUAUAUGUUCUUAUAUAUUGCAAAAAGGCAAAGCUAUGAGUGUUAAUAUUGAUUGAGAAGAGAAAAGUUAGUAGAGUCUAGGAGAGAUGAGGAUGAACUUCGAUCCCAUCAUUCACCAUUUCAGCCAUGAACAUCCUUUGAAACGGAUGAAUUUGCAGGACCAAACUACCAAAACAGUGACUUGUUCAGGGUGUGAAUUUGAAGCCUCAGGGUGGGUCUAUGGUUGCAAUACCUGCAACUACUUCCUUCACAAGCCUUGCUCCAAGAUGCCCGAGAUACUGAACCAUCCCUUUGAUCCAGACCACACCCUUCUUCUAUUUCCAAACCCAGUUUACCCAGGAGGCGCCUUCAUAUGUGAUGCUUGUAGGGAAAUUGGCACUGGCUUUAGCUACCACUGCACAGAGUGUCAGAUUGAUCUACACAAUCUUUGUGCUUUUUUGCCUACAUCAGUCGAUCACAGCUCUCAUCACCAUACUCUCGACCUGUGGUCGGGCUCUCCUUACAAAAACGAGGAAUUCUUGUGUGAUAUUUGCCAAGAUCCUGGUUCAAAGCAGUGGCUCUACAGGUGUAACUCCUGUCAAUUUGACGCCCACAUGAGCUGUGCCUUAGUUGAUAUCCAGUCCCAACACACCUCCAAGGUCCAAAAAAGGGAACGACAGCAACUGGGUAAGCCUCAAAACACACCUACCAAGUCCUCGGAACCCAUCCAUAGGUUUGCGAGUUGGUCUCAAAGUGGGAUGCGGAGCCCAUGGAUCCAAACUCAAUACUCAAUUCCCAGGACUAGAGAUGGUGUGAUGGGAAGGUAUCACUAUGGGAGAGAUCCAAUUCCUCGGUUCACUCAUACUACCAGGGAUGGAGUGAUGGGGCAUGUUGUUAAAGGAAUGGUAGAUGGUAUGGCCCAACAAGCAGGAAUGGCUGUGUUGCAAGGUUUCUUGGGAGGUUUCCUGGGAGGUUUCUGACUCAACUGAUCGGGAAAUUGGCUAUGCAGCUAUGCUAUUCUCAUUGGGCAUUCUCAUUUUACUUCUCAUUUUACUUUCCUUAUGCUUUCUCAUAUGUUUCACUAUGAUGCUUAGCCAUGCGAUUUCCCUUGUAUGAAGGCUCUUGUCAUCUUCAUCAUCAUCACCACUGUCUUUGUAAUUAAUCAACAUCACUGCUGUUAAUUUUAUUUUUAUUUUUGGUUUUCUCAAAAA